AUGUCAUCACAGGGUCGAACAUGCCCUGUCGCCAUAGAGGAUCCACAUCCUGUGAUUGUAGAAAAGGUGUUGAAGGAACACCAUGCUCGAGAAGAAAGAAGACAUAAAGACCGCCAAGAGAGAACCUUGAUCACUAAGUGGUGCUCUUGUGGGGCUUGUGGUAAGUUUGCGACAGUGCACGAAAACGUGUGUUGUCGUGAACUUGUGGAAGAAGUGGAUGGAAUAAGAAUUUCUCGCCAACUCCGAGAAAUCUUCCUGAGAGUCCGUGAAAAGAUGUUGAGUGUAGAUGCGCUGUGCAUCACACAACAUCCUCCAUUCCACAAAGUGGUUUUGGAUUCAGAGGUGCUGUCUGUAUGGGUGGAGAGAAGACGAUUUGAGAGACAGAAGAAAGACAGGGAUAUGCCGAAAGAGGACACCAGUAGAAUCUAUCGGUACUAUGCAUACCGCUCGUUCGUGUCCUGGGCUUACGGAAUUCUGGGGAUGGGCAAGCGCUAUGAGCUGCCGGCAUGUGUAAGGGUAGCUAUAAUGAAUGCCUACCCUUCAGGCAAUGCAGAGUACGUGGGAUUCAAG